GCCGGGGACAGUGGGUGCCCUCCGGUUGCACCUGCCCGCAUAAAGCCGGUGCCAGCGGGCAGGUGUUACUGUCGGAGCAGCAUCGGUCCGAAGAGGGGCAAUCCCCACCUUCACCUCCAUCUGCGCCGCCGGAGCCCCGCCUCUCACUCGCUAGCUCCGCCCCCUCGGGGGAUGCCGCCCGCCGGGGCGGGACGGGACUGCCGGGCACGCGCCCCGCCCGUCUCGGUGAGCGGGGCGGGGCAGAGGGGAGGGGCGCGCUCGCCCGCCCGCCGUGCUCCAGUCCGGGCUUUGUCUCCGCCUCCGCCGGCGAAGCAGCGUCCCUGGGGCAGGGCGGCGAGGCAGGGCAGCGGCGGGACACAGCGGUUUCUGGGUCCGAUGCCCGGCAGCGCGGGGCGAGGAGCUACUGCGCCUUCUUGUCGCGGCACGGGGAGCGCCUCCGGCCUCGGAGUUUUCCUGAAGCAGCCGUGACACCGGGAGCACUUUUGGUAGAGAGGGAGCAGCAGGAGACCCCGAAAUGACUUACCUCCAGAAGCGCGACUGAACGGGACUUACUGGAGUGGAACCGUAGUGGAAUUUGGGUCUGGAGAGGAGUUGCUAACGCUUUUUCGUUUUUUGGUUUUUUUUUUUUUGUCUUCUUUUUUGUUCUCCCUGUGCCCUCCCCUCUUCUAGCCUAUCAUUGGAAAUGAACAAAUUGCAUUUGCAAUUCAGAAAGUAGAAAUACUAAAUAUUCCAUCCCCCGGGAAUCACACAUGUAGUAAUGACAAAGGAUUGCAAAGGAGACAGUGGCUCCAGUUUCCCAGAGAGAUCCCCUUAAAUGGAUUACUAAAUGGGACACAACAUCAGCUAGUUGUCCUCUAGCUGCCUAGAUACAUGCACCGAAAAGCUUCACUCAAAACACUUCAAUCAAGAGAAUAAUGUUUGGUUUCGAGAGGUGCUUCCCAGUUAAUGAAGUUAAAUUUAUGGAGGCAUAUCAGUGCUUUUGGGUGAAGUGAAGAAGUGAAGCCUCCCAGCUAAACUACUAUGAGGUCAGAAGCCUUGCUGCUAUAUUUCACACUGCUACACUUUGCUGGGGCUGGUUUCCCAGAAGAUUCUGAGCCAAUCAGUAUUUCGCAUGGCAACUAUACAAGACAGUAUCCGGUGUUUGUGGGUCACAAACCAGGGCGGAACACCACGCAGAGGCACCGGCUGGACAUCCAACUGGUCAUGGUCAUGAACAGGACCCUCUACGUUGCUGCUAGGGACCAUAUUUAUACUGUUGAUAUGGACACAUCACAUACAGAAGAAAUUUAUUUUAGCAAAAAACUGACAUGGAAAUCUAGACAAGCUGAUGUAGACACAUGCAGAAUGAAGGGAAAACAUAAGGAUGAAUGUCAUAAUUUUAUUAAGGUUCUCCUAAAAAGAAAUGAGGAUACACUGUUUAUCUGUGGAACAAAUGCAUUCAACCCUUCUUGCAGGAAUUACAAGAUGGAUACCCUGGAAGUUCUAGGAGAUGAAUUCAGUGGGAUGGCCAGAUGCCCCUAUGAUGCAAAGCAUGCCAACGUUGCAUUGUUUGCAGAGGGAAAGCUGUAUUCUGCCACAGUGACCGACUUCCUUGCAAUAGAUGCAGUCAUAUACCGGAGCCUUGGAGACAGCCCAACUCUGCGGACAGUUAAGCAUGACUCAAAGUGGCUGAAAGAACCAUACUUUGUCCAGGCAGUGGACUAUGGCAAUUACAUUUACUUCUUCUUCCGAGAAAUAGCAGUGGAGUACAACAGCAUGGGAAAGGUAGUUUUCCCAAGGGUGGCUCAGGUUUGCAAAAAUGACAUGGGAGGAUCUCAGAGAGUGCUGGAAAAACAGUGGACUUCCUUUCUCAAGGCUCGUUUGAACUGUUCAGUUCCUGGCGAUUCACACUUCUACUUUAACAUACUCCAGGCAGUUACAGAUGUUAUCCAUUUCAAUGGUCGGGAUGUUGUUUUAGCAACCUUCUCCACUCCAUAUAAUAGCAUCCCUGGCUCUGCAGUCUGUGCCUAUGAUAUGCUUGACAUUGCCAAUGUAUUUACUGGGAGAUUCAAAGAACAAAAGUCUCCAGACUCAACAUGGACACCAGUUCCUGAUGAACGAGUGCCCAAGCCCAGGCCUGGUUGCUGUGCUGGCUCUGUGUCGUUAGAAAAAUAUGUAACCUCUAAUGAGUUCCCAGAUGAUACUCUGAACUUCAUCAAAACACAUCCUCUGAUGGACGAGGCUGUACCUUCCAUUGUCAAUCGACCCUGGUUCCUGAGAACAAUGGUCAGAUACCGCCUGACCAAAAUUGCCGUGGACUCUGCUGCUGGGCCAUAUCAGAACUACACUGUGGUUUUCUUAGGAUCAGAGAAGGGAAUCAUCCUGAAGUUUUUGGCACGGACAGGAAACAGUGGUUUCCUAAAUGACAGCCUUUUCCUGGAGGAGAUGAACAUUUACAAUCCUGAAAAGUGCAGUUACGACGGCGUGGAGGACAAGCGGAUUGUGGGCAUGCAGCUUGACAAGCCCAGCAGUGCCCUGUAUGUCGCCUUCUCCACCUGUGUCAUCAAGGUUCCCCUGGGACGUUGUGGGCGUCAUGGCAAAUGCAAAAAGGCCUGUAUAGCAUCCAGAGACCCAUAUUGCGGAUGGAUGAAGGAGAGCGGGGUGUGCACACAGCUGGUCCUUGGCUCCAAACUGGCAUUUGAACAGGACAUAGAACAUGGCAAUACAGAUGGACUGGGUGACUGCCAAAAUUCCUUCGUAGCCCUGAAUGGACACUCCAGUUCCCUAGUCCCAAGCACCACCACUUCCGACUCUCACGCUCGACAGGGUUAUGAUGCUAGGGGACGCAUGCUGGAUUGGAAGGAUCCGCUUGGUUCGUCUGAAAAUACAGAUCCAUAUGUGGCAGUUUCAUCCCAUAAUCAUCAAGACAAGAAGGGAGUGAUUCGUGAGAGUUACCUAAAGGGUCAUGAUCAGCUGGUGCCGGUCACCCUGUUGGCCAUUGCUGUUAUUCUUGCUUUUGUCAUGGGGGCCGUCUUUUCGGGCAUCAUUGUGUACUGCAUCUGUGACCACCGCCGCAGAGAUGUGGCUGUUGUGCAGAGGAAGGAGAAGGAACUGACCCAUUCUCGCCGUGGCUCCAUGAGCAGCGUUACCAAACUCAGUGGUCUCUUUGGGGACGCUCAGUCCAAGGAGCCAAAGCCUGAAGCUAUCCUCACUCCUCUGAUGCACAAUGGCAAGCUGGCUACCCCAGGUAACACUGCCAAGAUGCUAAUCAAAGCUGACCAGCACCAUCUGGACCUGGCUGCCCUGCCAACCCCUGAGUCCACCCCAACCCUGCAGCAGAAGAGAAAGCCCAGCCGUGGCAGCAGGGAAUGGGAGAGAAACCAGAACCUCAUCAAUGCCUGCACAAAAGAUAUCCCCCCAAUGGCCUCUCCUGUGAUCCCAACUGACCUGCCACUCAGGGCUUCUCCUAGCCACAUUCCCAGCGUUGUCGUCCUGCCCAUUACCCAGCAAGGCUACCAGCAUGAGUACGUUGACCAGCCAAAAAUGAGUGAUGGAGCUCAGAUGUCUGUGGAGGACCAGAAUGCCACCCUUGAGUACAAAACCAUCAAGGACCAUCUCAGCAGCAAAAGCCCCAGCCAUGGGGUUAACCUGGUGGAAAAUCUCGAGAGCAUGCCACCAAAAGUACCCCAGCGGGAAGCCUCUCUUGGGCCCCCGAGCGCCUCAUUGUCACAAAGUGGCCUGAGCAAGCGGCUGGAGAUGCACUCUUCUGCUUACAACGUGGACUACAAGCGAAGCUACCCUACAAACUCGCUCACGAGAAGUCACCAGACGUCGACCCUCAAAAGAAACAACACUAACUCUUCUAACUCGUCCCACCUCUCCCGCAAUCAGAGCUUCGGCCGAGGCGACAACCCGCCGCCGGCCCCGCAACGGGUGGACUCCAUACAGGUCCAUGCUGCGCAGGCACAGGCUGUGACUGUAUCUCGACAGCCAAGUCUUACCACCUACAAUUCGCUGACAAGGUCAGGGUUGAAACGCACACCCUCGCUAAAGCCAGAUGUACCUCCCAAACCUUCCUUUCCCCCACUCUCCACGUCCAUGAAGCCCAACGAUGCAUGUACAUAAUCAGAGUGGGGGGGGAGGGGGGAUGAUGGCAAUUAAGCAGAGGUUGCCCUCAAAAUCCAGUGUUCUGCAACUGUUAUCGCUUGCUUCUCUGAGAAGAUGGUUGUUGUAAGCUGAAGAUGUGUUGAAUUUCUGCUCUCUGGGAAAAGUGGAAUAUUUUUUUAAACCCGAGCCAUAUGACUCAUGGUUGAAGGUUUGCAAUUGCAGGACUUGCCCCCACAACCCGCCAGUUCUUUGCUCAAAAGAGUAACCCUCCAUCACAAACUUUGAGCCAAAAGCACACAGGUGAAAAAUGACUGUGACAUUUCACCCCCAACUGCACAGUGCAUUCCUGAACUGGGAAAGAGUGCUCUGAAAAGCAAAAUAAAUAAUUACAAAAACAAACAAAUUUAAAAAAUACAAAAAGUGAAAAGAAAAAAAUAAUCCAUUGAUAAAGCUAACUUUGACUUAACAGUGGCAGAAGUUUACUAUGUGAAGGUACUGUGAAAUGAUGCCCAUCAGUAUUACAACCGCUUGGUUACAGCAGUUAAAUGCCAUGUUGGGCAAACUAUGUCAUAGAUUUCUGCUACCCUUCUCUUUUAACGAAUAACACGUGACUGUUAAUGCAAGUAACUCUUUUUAUUUAUUGUUCAACUUUCUUUUUUCCUAAAGAAAUGACUUCUGCAUAUCAUCCUGAGAGCAGCUCUUCAGAGAAGUACCUUGAAAGCUAUACCUAUUUAACGUGAAGCCCAUUAACUGGAGUAAUUAAAACUCUUUUAUUUUUCCAAUAAAUUCACUGAGGUAGAUAAAUUGGAGCUGGAAUUCUGAACUUUGUGCCUGGACUGCCUGAUUAGCUGAAAAAAAAAAGAAAAAAAAAAAGGGGAUAUCUGUUUAA